AUGACACCAAACGCAGAACCACAAUCCGAGGUUGAAUUACAUUCGACGCAGUUCAUCGCACCUCAAACUCAUGACUUGACACUUUCACCACCUUCACCUGAUCUCAAAACUCCCAAUCUAGAUGAAAACCAUGCUCAUGAAAAUGAUCACGACGAUGAUCACGACAAUGAUAAUGAGAAUAUCGAGCUUCUUCUUGAACCAUUCUCUCCUUCUGCUUCUCAGUGCUCAGAACAUAUCCCAGAUAUAGAAGAAGAAAGAGAACAACAAGGUCUAAGACGAUAUGAUGAUACAUCAUUAACUCUCUCAGAUGUAAAUGGAGAUCCUAUUUUAUCUAAUUUAGCCAAGAAACAAUCAAUGAAUAAUCUCAAAUCAAAAUCGAAUCCAAAACCAAGAUCGAAAUCGCGUCUCUCGUUAAAAUUAGAAUCCUAUUCUAACAGACCCAACUGGAAUCACACUGUAGAUCCCCCAAUAGCGACUAUGUCAUCUGCACUUCGAGCAGAAAUGAUACGGGAUGAUUUGAAAUAUAAACAAAUUAUGGAUGAUAUGAAACAGAAACGAAUCAUGGCACAACAAGGAAAAGGUAAUGACAACCAUGCGCCUGGGUAUAAAAGAGUUGGAUUAGGUAUCAACAUCCCAUCUUUGGCUGCCCCGUCAGUCAUACCUCGACAGACUAAAUCGUCCCAACUUCGCGCUUUGAACGAAAAACAAACCACAACACCUUCUCUCACUACUCAACACAAAAUUACUGCAUUAAAUCCCGUUCCCUCACUUAAUGUCAAGAAAUCACAAUCACACGUUCAACCUCAUAUUCAACGUCAAAAAAGUCUAACUGGCCCCUUGAACAGUAGACCAUCUAUCGUACCGAGACAAAAUAAAACUUCCGCGCUACGCGCAGCUGGAGAAAAAGGUGAUGGAUUAUGGUGCUCGCCAAGUGACAAAACACUGAUCAAAGACAGGGAAGUUAUAGCUCUAGCUAAUAAAGAAAAAGGAAGAUUGAUGAGAGAAGAAAGGAGGAAAUCAUUCGCAGUGGGAUUGACUAGUCUGGCUAAACCGUCCGUUGAAGUCAAACAAAAUAAGACCUCUGCAUUGAGAGCAGCAGGAGAAAAAGGAAAUGCAGGUUAUAGGGAUUUAAUCACUUUAUCGAAAGAAAAAGAGAGUAAAUUAGCAAUGGAAGAAAUAGCAGCCCGAAAUAAAGAGAAAGGUAGAAUAGAAAGAGAAGAAAGAAGAAAAUCAUUCGCUUUUACUACCCCUGCUUCUAACGUUGGAAUUGAUAUUCAAGUUAAACAGAAUAGAUCUUCGAUAAUGAGAGCUAAUGGUGAAAAAGGUAAUCAAGGUUAUAGGGAUCUGAGCACUGUUAAUGCAGAGAAAAAAGUUCAACAAGACAUGCAAAUUAUCGCGAAAGAGAACAGGGAUAAAGCCAAAAAAGAACGAGAGGAGAGAAGGAAAACUAUGACUUUGGUACCCGGCAGUUUUGCCAGACCAUCUAUCACUCCUAGAGCAAAUAAGACGUCACUCCUACGAGAUAGAAAUCAAAGAUCCUUACAUACAUCCUCAUCUGUUCGAUCACUCAUUACACCCACUGAAUCGUUGAGUAAGCUUCCUUCAACAAGGAUGGUAUCAGCCUUGAAAGUCAGUUCGGCAGAUGACGUGCCAUUUCGACCUGCCCAUACAGAGGGUGAAGUAACAAAGAGGGAUGUAGGAAUUGUCAAGAGUUUAGGUAUGCCGAAGAUUGUGCCACGCUUGAACAGAACAGCACUCUUAAGAGCUCCAAACACGACCACAUCCAUUAAACCGAAUGUGAAACCAACCUUUCCAACUUCUUCUUCAGCAUCUGCCAUACAUGACAAAGCAGUAUCGAUCUCGACCCCUUCGACCAAAUCAAAUCCUUCAACUCGUUCAGUACCUAAAACCCCAGCUUCACCAGGUAUAGGUCCUAGACCUACCAAAGCUAGUUUAUUAAGAGCUGGAUUGGGUGAAGCGUCUUCGUGA